AGAGACGGCAAUGCGUUCUGUCGGGCAAUGUGACGUGGUUUUAGGAUUUCGCUAAUGUUUUUUUCAAACGGACCUUUGAACUGAAUCGCCCAAAUCUUUGCAUAAACACAUUCAGCAUUAUUAAAUAGGCAUGGAUGAGCUAUCAGGAAACUUAUCAGGACCACCUACGAAAUAAACGAGAAAACGAAACCUACUGAAUGUCAGCUUAAUUUAUCAGCAACCAAUGUUCUGAAAAUAUUACCAUAAGAUUAACAUAUAUGUGAGACUUAAAAUGUGCAUUCUGCUUAAAGAAACGGGACUCAACAGUAUUGAAAAUCCAAUUCUGUUUUCAAGAUUGACUACUAAUAAGGCAAUUAAAAGGUUCUGUUUGUAUUUAACUAAAUGUAUUGUAUUUGUGAUUUAACACAUACGACUUUAAAAUAGUGAAAUCACAAUUACACUUAAUGAAACUAAAAUUAUUAUUGCUAUCCUAAAUGGUUUAUAAUCGCAAAAUGAAACUGAACUAAUUCGUAACUCCUUUUCCCCGAAAUGACGUCACGGUCGAUCCUUCACACAGAUGUGCUACGCUUGACGAGCAGCAGUUCGUAGUUUGUAUUGGGUGUAAUGGACUAAUAAACAUUUAGAAUGGAUGAAUUUACAGUUGCACAACACCUGAAGGCUGAAGGCAAUGAAGAUUUCAAAUGUGGCCGGUAUACAUCGGCUAUCAAAAAGUAUGAUGUCGCUCUCAGUAUCUUGUUCAACCUUGUUCAUUCCAGAGGAGGACCUCUAGGGGAAAUAAGCAUACUGUUCUGCAACAAAUCCAUUUGCUACUACAACCUUCACCAAUGGGAGGCAGCAUUUAUUUCAGCUAGCAGAGCACUGGAAAUAGAUCCUUCAUCUAUAAAGGCUUACUACAGGCGUGGGACUGCGUUGGUGAAAAUGAGGAACUAUAAUGAAGCAGUGCAAACAUUCUUGCAAGGUUUGGAGCUUAUUAAAGUGGAUACUCCAAGACCAGUCAUAGCAGAUGUUGUAGUUGGACUCAUCACUGUUACUGAUAACUGGACUGCCCCAUUUGUUCCAUAUGUUAUUGAUUCAAUAUUGAGAAAGAACUUUGGACCUGAAAUUUGGAAACUUGUCUUUGAAAAACUAGCGUCUAAAAACCAUUGGAAGAAUGCUCACAUUUUGAUCUCUUUUAUGGGGAGAAGGUUGCCAAGAGAAAUAAAUCUGUCUUAUAUCUCUAUGAAGACCCUUUUUGAGGAACAUGUAACUUCCAGGCAAUAUGCGAAUAUUAAAUGGGUGUCAUUUAUGUUCAAAUGGCUAAUCGAUGGUGGUGCUAAUAUAGAGAAAAUUGGACCUUUCCCCCUUCAUGCCAUAAUGGAGCUGUCAAUCAAGACACGUGAAUCGGGUCAAAACCUGAUGAGUUACUUCCUCUCUCGGAAGCCAGCAUUUAAAGAGAGAAUCAAUGAACAGAACAAUGAGGGCUACACUCUCCUGCACAUUGUCUCCACUUUCCCAAGUGUUCAAGGAUAUCAGCCCAAAUUACAAACUGAAGAUGUGAUCAUGCUGCUGCAAAUGGGGGCUGAUCCAAAAAUCUGUGACAAGCAGAACAAGCAAGCUGUUGAUUAUCUGAAAAAGCAAAAGAACUUCAAAGCCUUCGACGCCAUUAAGAGACAUGAAUCCCACACUACUUCCCAAGAGACUGCAGGAGCUUCUUCAUCUGAAGGAGAGAUAUCUUUUGCAGAGGCAGUAAAUCGGUUUGUUCAGUUUUGCACUAAGUGUCCAAAGAAACAUGUUCCUCCUUUGAUUGAACAUCGAAUGGUCCAGCCUCUCUUGAGACAUCUUUCAUCAUGUACAGAAGUUCCUCCUGGAGUGACUUGUGAUGUGGAUGUCAGCUAUUCAAACAGCUUGGUUAAACAGUGCCUUCAAAGAAGAAAGUGGAAGGAAUCUUUGCUGAUGCUGUGGGGUAGAACGGAUGGAGAGAAGAGAAGUGAGGGAGGCCUCCUGUCCAGAUGCUGCCUGAAGGACCUGAACUUGGCUGAUAUUGUUCCCCAUUUUAGCAAAUCUGAUGGCAACAGAAUACAUGUGGUGAAGUGUCUGAUUGAAAUGGGAGCCUCUCCAAAUGGAUAUGGUGAUCUUAAAGAAUCACCCAUCAAUCUUUGUCUAAAGAGUGAAGACUACGAAUUGGUUUAUCUUCUGCUGAAGAAUGGGGGAAACGCAAAGAGUUUUUCUGUCACAUCUGGAGAUACACCGCUUCACGCAGCUCUUCACAUUGUUUCAGAUAAAAAAGAUGAUAUUGGCUUACACAUUCUGAAACACUUUCUUGACGAAUACAGUGCAGAUCCAGCACAAUAUGACUAUCUCAAUCCUAAUACUCAAGACCAUGAAGGCAACACUUUACUUCAUAUGAUCUUUCAGAAAAAUUCAUUUAGGCAUCAUGAAGAUAUAAUGAACAUGUUAGUAAAAUUUGAUAUAAACAAAAAAUUGAAAAAUAAUCAAGACAGAGAGGCAACUUUUCAAGUAAGUGGAAAGGAUCCAAGACUUGUUUAUUGGAACAAAAUCCUCCCUAGAAACAAAAAGAAGCAGGAUACAAGUUCAAAGUCUCAGAGGACAAAAACUGUGAAAACAGUGAUCAACUCAAAAAACUCCAAGCCGAAAGUUGUUGAACCAGCAGAUGAACCAGAGCUCAAGAACACUGAAGCAAAGUCCAAGAAAGGUGAAAAUGUUCAACAAGGUGAAGUGGAAUGCAAACUGGUCACAGUGAGAGACAGUCUUGUAUAUGAGAUUGAAAAAUUGAUUCAACAGGGAGACUGGUCAUGUACAUCUCCCUGUGUUGAUAUCUCAGGGUCGAUGGCAUUACGAGACAAAGACAACAUAGACUAUGCUAUAGGCAGUUCAGCCAACUACACUGAAAAGACAAGUGUCAAGAGUGAAUCUUCAAAAGAGACUGAUUUGAUGGAAGACCCAGAAGCUGAGGCGACACUGGAAGAAAAUGAACCAGAUGAUGUUCUGAAAGAGGACUGUUUUCAGGCAUUGGACUUUGACAACAUGACCUGGGAAAUUGAAUGCACCUCUGAAGUUUUAAAGAAACUUGGAAGCAAAGAAGUCCAGUUGCACACAAGAAACAAAAUUGUGCAGGUCAUCCAGCAGUUAGGAAAUGGAGAUUGGACUGUCAGUCUACAGAAAAAGCUUAAGCAUCUUAAAAGUGAGAUUAAGCUCUAUGAGGCAAAACUUGACAAAGGGGCAAGGAUGAUGUGGGAGCUUGCAAUAGACUUUUCACCUCGUUGUAGCGAAAAUCCAGAGAAGAUAAUUGAAAUGGAGCAGGCAUCCAAUGUUAAUGUUAGGGCCACUGGAAGAGUCUACAGUGAAAUGAUCAGGAUUUGGGACAUUGUGCUUGACCACAACAAGCUCAAUCAUGCCAUCGAUACAAUAUGUCAAGCUUACAACCGUGGUUUGUCAUGCGUUUUACGCAAGAAACUCAAAGGGCUUAACCGAGGUCAGUUUUCAUCAAAUCUGAACACAGAGAAACGCAUUCCUCUCUGUUUUGUGGAUUAUGAUGAAAGUCAGACAAUGGAAGAGGACGUGACACCUGAAUUUUGCCCACCAGCAAGUGCGGUUGAAACAGAAUACAAUAUUAUGAAGUUUCAUAGCUUCAGUACUAAUAUGGCACUCAACAUACUUAGUAACAUGGACACUAAGGUUGAAUACCCCUUCAGGGUUGGGGAAUUGGAAUAUGCUAUAAUAGACCUCUGCCCUAAACCCUUGGAAGCAAUUAUCUUGAUAGGAAGAAGUGGGACUGGCAAAACUACCUGUUGCCUCUAUCGACUGUGGAAACAGUACCAGAAAUAUUGGGUUAAAGCAGAGCAAGCAGGUGAGCCUUUGCUUGUGAAAGUCAUGUGGCCUAAACAGACACUUUCCCAAGGCCAUGGUGUUGAGGAUGCUCAAAGAGAGGUGGAAGGGUCAACAAAUGUUGUGGAAUCAGAAUGCCAUGAAAGUGAUGAGGAAAUUGACACUAUAUCAAGUGAAGAGGAAGUCCAGACCUGUGAUGGAGCAUGCUCUGCAGUAGUUCCUGCAGUGGAGGAUAUAGUGGAAUCACAUAUUGACAAUGAUGCCCAACAAGAUAUAAACCAACUUGAGCACUUGCAUCAGAUCUUUGUGACCAAAAAUCAUGUUUUGUGCAAGGAGGUGCAGAAAAAUUUUAUUGAGUUGAGCAAGUCCACUAAGGCCACUAUUCACUACAAACCCCUGGAUUCCAAUAUUUAUAGACUCCAGGAUAUCAAAGAUGAACACUUCCCACUCUUUAUCACUUCUCAGCAGUUGCUUCUGCUUCUGGAUGCUUCACUGCCUGAUCCUUUCUUCCCAAGGAAUCCAGAUGGGAGCUUGAAAAAAUCUAUUGUAGGCUGGUCCUCUCAGGACGAGAUGUUGAUUCCUGAGCUGCAGGAUGACGAUGAAGAAGAGGAGCUUGAAGAUGAGAUGGAUGAAGAAGAAAAUGUAAUGGAAAUCCAGAUGCGAGAGACUGAUCCCCGACAAUUUGUAACAUAUGAGGUGUUUGCCUAUGAAAUCUGGCCUAAAAUGGUCAAAGGUAAACCCCACUGUAACCCAGCCUUGGUUUGGAAGGAAAUCAAGUCAUUUUUAAAAGGGUCAUUUGAGGCUUAUAGCAGCCCAGGAGGUACCCUUUCAGAGGAGCAGUAUAACAAGCUUGGUAGGAAGAGAGCUCCAAACUUCCAGGAGGACAGGACUGAAAUUUAUCGCCUCUUUCGCCUGUAUCAGCAAAUCAAGUCCCAGUGGGGAUUCUUUGAUGAGGAGGAUGUUCUGCACAACUUGUCUAUUAGACUUGCAAAACUUGAUGAAAUACCAUGGUCCAUUCAUGAGCUUUAUGGGGAUGAGAUCCAAGAUUUUACCCAGGCCGAACUUUGUAUGCUUAUGAAAAUAAUCAAUGACCCCAACUCCAUGUUCCUUACUGGAGACACUGCACAGAGCAUCAUGAAGGGAGUGGCAUUUCGCUUCAGUGAUCUCAGGUCCUUAUUCUAUUAUGCCAGCAAGAGCAAUGCGGACAAGAAGAAGCGAUCUCUUGUCAGAAAACCAAAGAGGAUUUAUCAGCUGUAUCAGAACUACAGAUCACAUUCAGGGAUUCUGAAUUUGGCAUCUGGCAUUGUGGACUUGCUGCAGUUCUUCUUCCCUGAAUCAUUUGACCGGUUGCCAAGGGACAGGGGAUUGUUCGAUGGGCCCAAGCCUACAGUCCUGGAAUCCUGCAGUGUCAGUGACUUGGCUAUUUUACUGAGGGGGAACAAGAGGAAGUCACAGCCCAUUGAGUUUGGAGCUCACCAGGUGGUCCUUGUUGCAAAUGAAACAGCUAAGGAAACAAUUCCUGAAGAGCUGACCUUGGCACUGGUUCUCACCAUUUAUGAAGCUAAAGGCCUGGAAUUUGAUGAUGUGCUGCUGUAUAACUUUUUCACAGACUCCCAGGCUGGAAAAGAGUGGCGUGUGAUCUCCUCCUUCAGCCACACCAGUGCAAAGGCAUCAUCAAGUGGGCCAGUUGUGGAAGUUCCCCUGGAGGAGGCAGCUUCUGUGCAGACCAGACCUCUGGAGUUCAAUGCUGAUUUGCACAAGAUGUUGAAUGAUGAAUUAAAACAGCUGUACACAGCUGUCACCAGAGCCAGGGUAAAUCUUUGGCUAUUUGAUGAAAACCGUGAGAAGCGUGGUCCUGCAUUUGAGUAUCUUAUCAAGGGACAGUAUGUGCAGGUGGUCAAGACUGAUGAAAACACUGAUCUUGAUGACAGUAUGUUUGUUAAAAGUUCAACACAGAUAGAGUGGAUUGAGAGAGGAGAUUACUUUGCAAAACAUCAGUGCUGGAAGGUUGCUGCCAAAUGCUACCAGAAAGGAGGUUCUGCAGAUAAGGAAAAGUUGGCCUUAGCUAAUUUUGCAGUUCUUAACGUGCAAUACAAGAAAGUCAGUCCCAAAGAGAUGCAGCUGGAGUACUUGCAGCUGUCCAAGACUUACCUGGAGUGCGGUGUGCCAAAGCUGUCUAUGAAAUGUUUGAAAAAUGCAAAAGAGUACAAGCUGUGUGCACAGCUGUGUGAGAGCUUGGGAAAGAUGAAGGAAGCAGCAGUGUUGUACAGAAAAGCAGAAUGCUACAAAUUUUCUGCUAAGUGCUUUGAAAAAGCAUCAGAGUAUGAGAUGGCAAUGAAAAUGUACUGCAUGGCAGAGUUAUUCGAUGAAGCAGCUGAGGUACUGGAAAGGUGGGAUCUGAAGGAGACCAAAGUUCCCUACACUGAAAAGUACUUCUACCUGGAGGCCGCUGCCAGAUAUCACAAACAGAAAAAUCUCCCGAAAAUGGAAGCAUGUCUCUCAAAACUAUCUCCAGAUGAUCAACUGGUUUUCUUAAAAGAAAAUGGUUACUUGACUCAAGCUGCUGGGGUUUUGAAAAUGUUACAGCGGGAGGAAGAUGCAGCUACUUUGAUGAGGGAGUAUGGAUACCUGACCAAAGCGGCAGAAUUUUCUAACAGACUGGAGUACAAAGCCGAGUGCCUUCUUGCUUAUGCCCGCAUUCAGUCACGCGAAAAAAAGCUUGAUGCCUUACAGAAAGAAGAAGUAAGGAAAGUGUUAGGAGAAGCUUUACAAAUGUUCAGGAAGACGCAGCAGCCAUAUGGAGAAGCAGAAGUAACUCUGUUGGAAGGCUUGUUCACAAAGCAAAUUCAAACUGUCAGGCAUGCAUUCGAGAUGUUUCUGAAAGAAAGUCAUACUGCUGGAGCAUUGGAGGCCCUCUGCACUCUGCUUAGUCAUUCUGUCUUAAUGGUCUCCAAUUUAAGUCAGUACCUGACAUGCAUUGCAAUGGUGCUGAAGCUGGUCAAAGCCCUGGCAAAACCAGAAAACAAUGAAGAGAAAGAAAUGGUGAAAUCUUGCUUUGACUUCUAUGGAAUCAUUCAAAUAGAUGAUAGCCAGAGCCGUAUCCCAAAGAAUGAUGGAGCAAGGAUUUUGCAAUUUAUUCUCAAUGAUAAUGCAAGCCUAAAAGAAAAUACUAUAUCUGAGCUUACUUCCUACAGGUUAAACACAAAUGAUGUGAAAUCUGUCCUAAAAAGUCACUUGCUGAGAAAAUUAUACAUUUGUGCAAAGGAGAUGAUCUCUGGUUGUCAGGCAGUUCCAAAUGUCUGUUUGAAGUAUGUGUGUGGUCUUGAUUGCAAGUUGGAAAAUUGCACAGAUCUUCACAAGCCACUCCAGAGACAUGAAGCCAGAUCUGCCAUCCAUUCCAAGGUUUAUCUUACAGCUUUGAAUGGGAUGCUGUUAGAAGCUAAGAAGCUGUGCAAAGAAAACUCUCUUCCUGAAGUUGAAGAUUUCCAAAACAUUCUGACAGGAGAUGAGUAUGCAUUAUGCAAGUCUCUCAUCAGGACUGUUUUUCCAAAGCAUUUUCACCAAAGAGUUGUAUCUGACAACAGUGUUGCCUGCAAAGAGAUCCUUUCAUUAACACAGAAUGUACCAUUUGAGAGCUACAGAAUGGUUCUGAGGGAUUAUAUCUCAAAACGAUUUAAAGAUGAAAACGAUUUCAUCAGGAGAGAAUCAACUGAUUUGUGGCUAGAGGCGACAAAGGUCUACCUCCUGUCUUCUGAUUUCCCUGACAAACUGGAUAAAUUGCUUUCUAAAGAGGAGAAUCUUUACCAGAAUGAACUGAACACAAACACACAGAGAAAGGGCAAAGCUGGGAUGUUACAAGUUACAAAAGGUAAACAACAGCACUUUAACUUCUUCCGGCUUUUCCUUAUGAUGAUUCGGGAACUUUACAAGAACCCUGAGCAGUGCAUUCACACAUUCUAUCGUUUUCUGAAUGUGCCAGUCAGGAAAUGUAAACAACAUAUGAUUCCAGACAUUGGAAAUACAGUCAUGCUGAUUGAGUUUCAGUUUGUCUUGACCUGUGCUUUUCUGAUGCACUUUUGCAAAAACGUGGUAGUAUGUUUGCCAAAGAGCUAUCUUGCGCUCCUUCAUUUCUGGGAAUUCAUGCUGAAAAAUAAGCCAUGGUGUCAUGUGGUGCAUUCUUAUAAACCAAGGGAUGUACCACAUUUCAUAAAAAAAUUGAAAAGCCAUCUUUGUUACCUUGCUGAAGUAAUGAGUGGUCAUGUGAAUGAAGAUUUCAAUGUCUUGGUGGACGCCUUUAGUGACUCAGAAUACACUGGCUCAGGUGAAGCUGAGAGAUCUGCAGUGCUGUGUCUGGUGAUGCUUGUGAAUGCAGGGCAAGUCCUGGAUUCCAGAUGUGAAACCUAUCUUCGCUACAACUUCAUAACAGCAAAGGAAGAGUUGAUGAAACUCCAAGAUCCAGGUCAAGUCUCCAAGAGGAUCAUGCGUGUUGUUAACAGUGUAAAUACAUCCAGAAAUAUCAAAGAUGUGGUCGAAGCCCUUGAGGUAUUGUUGAAGGAAAGGGAUGAUGAGUACCUUAUGGAUUGCAGGUGGGACAGUUUUAAUAAAGAUAUCCAUUUCAGAACCGUCACUGUCGCUCGAUUCAAUUACAUUUUGCUACCCAUAUCCCUGUCCUCCCCAUCCUCUGAUAAAAGUCCUGCAGCUGUUUAUGAGGAAGAUAUUGAAGAAUCUGAAUACCAUCUGCAGGUAUUGCGUGCAGAGCAGCACAGAAUUAAUUGGAGGGUAGCCAUCAGAAAAUGCAUUUUGGUAAACAGGGCGAUAGCCAUAAUGCAAGAUAAAUCAGGGGAUGGACACAUUAAACGGAUGAUCCCUAAAAAUUUCAUUAAAGCUGACAUUGACACUACACAGUGUGACUUGUGUGGCAUCAGGUUUGGGAAGAAUUUGGUAAAACCUUCUGAUGAGCAAACUGGGGAGGAGCUAGAAGAGGAAAACCUUGAAACUGAAGAAGGGAAUGAAGAGCAUGAUCAAGUGGCAGACAACAAUGAAAUCUCAUUCAAAGAAGAUUACCAAACACACUUGUCUAGUGAGAAACAUAGACUACAGCAGGAUUGCUAUGAGAAGUACUUGCACUAUUUUGCUGAGCAUGCAGACCCUUUAAUCACAAGUUCCAAAAAGGUUCUAGAAGAUCUAGAUGCCCAAAAAGCAGGCAUUUUUUCUAUGGGAGAACAGUCAAAGGUUGUGGAAGGAAAACUGAAGAAUUCCCUUCAAAACGUCAUGUCUUCCAUGGAGAGUAUCUACAAGACUAAAAACUGGGCCUCAGGCAUUGAGAAACUGUCCCAGAAAAUUUCAUUUCUGAGUGCGGCACUGCAUGAGGCUAAGGAAGAUCUGAGACUAGCCGAAACAGGAAUGUAUGCAAAUGAAGGAACCGGAGACUUCAAAGACAACAGUUUGGAAGAUGAUGCUGUUGAUGAGCCUGAGAAGUUUGAGGAGCUUACUCACAAUAAAAAGAGGAGAGGCAAGAAGGGGAAAUCUGGCAAAAGAAGAAAGUAUUGAUGCCUGAUGUGUGGGAAAGCUAAGCUGCAAAGCCAUGGACUACACAGUUCUUUAAAGAACUUGUAACAGCCACUCAGUACAAACAACCUAACAGCCGAACAGCUAAACUCAUUCUCAUGUAUUUUAGAUUUCUACAGUGAUCUUCAGCUUCAUUAUAAUCUUAGUAUUAUUUUAUUAUUUGCUUAGACAACAGAAAACUGUCUUUUUUACUUUUUAAGAAAUGAUAAAUAUACUUUUUAGAACAAUUCGGGACAUUUUUUAAUAGUUUCUCAUCACAUUCAUUUGAACUUUACUGUAUUUCUGUUUUAUAUUCAGUAUUUCUGUAAGGAGACCUUAAUUUAGUCAUGCUUAUGUACAGUUAUAUUUAUAAUUUCAAUUUGUCUUUAUUUUUUGUUGAAGAAUAUUGAUGCCAUUAUGGCAUUUUUUUCUUUAUGCUACUGCUGAUAGGUACAGAAAGUACACAGUGUUCCUUUCAGUAAAUGUGCAGGAUGAUCUGAAUACAAGUUUGUUCUGAUUUCAUUUGAACUUGACUUAUUAUACUUAACGUUUGGAAACAACAACUUAAGUGAUUGACUUAUUUUUUACAUACAGUAUAUAUUCAAAUGUUAGUCAGAAAUAAAUCUGACAAGUUCUUUAAUAUAAAUGUUCAAAACAAAAUGUUCUAGUGAACUCUAUUUUUUAUAUCUUUUAUAGAAUAAACAAGUAGUUCCCUUUCAAACUGUGAUAUUACUACAGAAGUAGAAAAUAACUGAUUCUAUAUACUAUAAAGACAAUUACAAUUAUCAACAGCAAAAGAUCUAAAGAUCUAAACAUUGUAUUGAACAGUUCUGUUUUCUUUAAAUGAUGAUCAUUCAUUGGUAUUUUGAGAAUAAAGUAUUUGACUGAAGUUUAAUUUCUCUAAGGCUUAUGGAAAAAACGCUUAAAUCGCAUGAGCAACUAAGUAUUUCAUAUGCUAGAAUGAGGUUAGAAAGACAGUGUUAAUUUUAUGCAUUACUCUUUUAUAGUUAAAAUACAAUUUAAAGCUCUCUGUACUGUGUAAAAGUUUGUAAAUAACCAGGCACUGUAAGAAAAUUGAUCAUUAACACUAAUAGAUCCUGAUUCUAAAAGGAAUAUUAGGAGCCUUUAUAUCCAGUAACCUGUUUACAAUCCCUAAUGAAAAUGUUUUUACUUCUCUUUAAGCAUAAAUAGAACUCAAAACACACAUGUGAUUGUAAUGGAUAUAUAAGAAACAAGUGGUUAUCCUUCAAAUUCUUUGUCAAAUUAAGAGUUUAGGAGACAAAAGUUUUAAAAAAAGCUUUGUUUUGUUUCUACUAGACCUCAGCACCAGGAUGGGCAUUACUUCAGAUCCUGAAAGACAAAUGCAUUCUGAACUCUGAGCUAACAGAAACCAAUGGAAACAGACCCAUGCAGAGAAAGGCUAACAAUUUUAGAAGAAAGAAACAAAUCACUACCCAGUACCCAUGUGAUGUUCUUUAAAUUGCGCUUGAAAUUGCAGGAACUGUCCUGCUUUGACCUUGUCAGCCCAAAUCAGUCAUUUGUUUGCCCUUGCUCCUAUGAAGCUAAAGAGGAUUCCAUUGGGAAGGGCAUACCACAUUAUUUAAAAAUACUGGCUUUAAAUCUUUAUAUGGGAUUGGAUUUCCAGUGAUUUGCAUCAGUCACUUCACUUAAUGCUGGGUUUUUUAUCAUGAAUAAUCUCUUAAUCAUGAUAUGUUUAAGUGGUUUCCAUGCAAUUAUGGGUCAUGCAUCAGUAUACUGUACAUUUAUCCUCUCUUUGUUGUCAUUUUAUUUUGCACACAAUGUUACUGUGAUGGAAGAUCCAACACUAUUUUAUUCCAGCAGAUGUAACUGCAACCUUUUGUAUUGACUUCAACCUGUUAUAGCCAAAUUGGUCCAUUUAAGCCACUGACCACCUGGUUAUGCUCAAUAAGUUGGAAUGAAGACCUGCAGUACAUACCAGCCCUGCAGCACAAGAAAGGAGAAUGGAAUACCCCUACCUUAUUGUAAGACAUGAUCUCUGCUUUAGUUUAGGAGAACAGGGAGGCUGUGAGCUCUGUGAUAAUGUAGAUAAUGUAACAGUGAAACAAAUACCUGUAGCUCUGUUCUUUCCAAGAUACAGUCUUAGUCUUACAAUCCUCGCCAGAUGUUUAUAAAGAUGGGGAGAAUCUAUUGUAAUAAAGAAGGUAUUUAUAACACUGAUGUGAUACCUGUGAAGGCCUAUUGAACCUCACUUUUCAAGAACUCUGUAAUACAGCAGCUGUUUCACCAAAUGUUAAAGGAUAGGUAUUAUAAUUAUAAUGACUAAUUAAAUGGGUAUACUUAUUUAUAAUAAUAAUUGAGCUGUGUUCAUCACCAUCAGCUGUCUUGGCGGUGUGGAUGGACAAACCAGAUGGCACCAUGUAAUUUAUGUUUAACAUGAUUUUUGUUUGACUGUUGAAUGUCCCUUAUGCCACUCAUCAUUCAUGACAUCCUGCCUUCAUGGAACCAUGGUCUAUGCUUCAUCUUCAUUAAGGGUAUUGGUACGUACCCAUGAGAAGAAAACGCAUUGAAUUACAAGUGAAUGUUUUCUCCACAUAAAGUUGCAUGGGCAAUAAGUCUGGUAAAGGGAUUAAGGUGAAUCUGGAGAAGACUAAAAUCA